UCUCAUACACAAUAAUAAAGUGUGAUAUGUUCUAAUUUUAGACCACACUGGAAGGUUUAUUAACUCAAUGGUAAAUUUCAGAAUUUAUCUACGUACCGUAUUCACAUUUUGACCUCACUGAGCAUAAGGUCGGACUAGGUAAAACAAAAGAAGUCUCGUGACAGUGAAGAGCUGCGGAAAGCUGUAAGCGAUACUUUUGUGUGAAUUGGAACAGGAUUUGAACUUCAAAGUAAUAAAUCUUUUUGUUUAACUAUGGCCAAUCAAAACCCAGAGAAGCCACCAAAAAAGUAUGACAUUGCGAGUUUUGAGGGCGAAGAAAUAAUCGAACGAAAAUGUCCAAGCGGAUACACAGCUAGAUACAUUAAAUUGCACGAACACUGGAAACCACUGGAAUUUAUCGAAACCGGAUUCGCACCUGACCCAAGAACACAUGUACCCGAACUCCGUAAAAUGGAAGUAUUUGAUGAUGAUGUGUUUAUCUACGCCUAUCCCAAGUGUGGUACCCAUUGGAUUUGGGAAAUGAUUUUCAUGCUACACAAAGGAAAGGGUGAGUAUGACAAACGACCGAAAGAGGUCGCCAUGUUGGAAUUUCACUCUGUCGAUAAAUUAUGCGAGGAGGAGAGACCCAGAGUUUUUAAUACCCAUCUUAAUCCCAACGAAGUACCCACUGCAUCGCUGGAGGGUAAAGGAAAAGCUCUAAUCUUGCUCCGAAAUCCGAAAGAUAUAGCGGUGUCUUAUUAUAACCAUAUAAAAGACCUGAAAGUCAACACGGCAGUUAUGACAUGGGAGGAUUGUGUGCAUUUAUUAAUUAAUUAUGGAGGUAGAUUUGAUUUUUUUGAUUACGUCAAAGAAUGGGAAAACGAAAUUAAGAAGAAAAAGAGGAAUUAUUUGUGUCUAUACUACGAGGAGAUGAAGAAGGAUCCACUUACAACACUAAAGUCUUUAGCUGAAUAUCUAGGCAUUCCUUGCUCAGAUACUCUAGCAGAGGAAAUAGUUCAUAAAUGUAAGAUAGAAAACCUGAGAAUCGCCAACAGGGAGAAAUUUGAUCACAGAAACCAAAGCGGUCCAAACCCCGAGAUGAAUGACCCGGAUAAAAUGUACAGAAAAGGAGAAGUUGGAGACUGGAAGAAUUGGUUCACUGUGGCUCAAAGCGAGGAGUUUGAUAGAGUUUUUAGAAAAAAGAUGGCGGAUUCAGAUUUUCAGUUUGCCUUUGAAUAAGUCAAUUUUAAUUCAAUGACUUGGUAUUGAAGAACAAAUGAACAUAUUACAUUCAAUUUUUCUACGUUCAAACGAAAUAAUAAAAAAGAUUUAAAGAAAAUAA